UACGGUUGCUAACAACUAGAUCAGAGUGUUGAAGAAGGGACACAACACUGUCAUUUCUAUCAGUCCACAGUAGUCUGCAAACUGUUCUUGGUCUCUUUAUCGUUGGAGUUUGGAAAAGUUGAAAUAAGCGCUACUAGUACUUUGAAUGGUUAGCCCACUUUUUUUGGCACUGACGGUCUCUUGUAGGCUUUUUCAGGGGGUACAAAAUGCCACGAGGAAGGUCGGCCUCAAGUUUCCGCUCCGAGAGCAGCGAUAUUGAUAUCGACGGAAUUGCUGACACGGAGAUGGUCAAACUCCAGAGACAGUUCCGUAUCAUGGAAGGAGACCGAAAGGCCUACAGCAUCCAGUCACAGGAGCUCAUACGCAAGCAACGUGUGGAGAUUGAGCGUUUGCGGAAAGAGCAGGAUGAACUGCAGAAGAGUCUGGGAGCGUCCAAGAGUGCAUCCCGGCGUCAGCAGGACAGUGAGGAUGCAGAGCAACUGCGCUCUCACCUAACACAGAAGGACGAGGUAGAGGAACAGAUGGAGAAGGAGAGGCAGAACCAAGCAGAUCUACAGCAAGAGAUGUCAGAGAUGCAUAGGAAGCUGGAGGAAGUGAGGCGGGGAGAGGUGAGCAUCGCUCACAGUCUCACAGACAAGGCCAAUCACACGCAGAAGGCCACCCGCACAUUGGAGAACAAACUGGACCGGGCCCUCACUCGCUUCAGUGAGCAGCUGACAAGGAACAGCCGCCUGAGGGAGGAGUUGGAAACGCUACGCGUGGAACGCCUACGCUUCCAGCAGCUGCAUCGCCGACUGGAGAAGGAGUUACUGGAGAUUCGCAGGGAUAUUGGAGACGUCAUCAGCAUGUCCACAGCUGCUUAUGAUGCCAGGGUGGAGGCCCAGACUAAGAUGACCAUGCUGAAAGAGAAAGCAGUCAAGGACCUGGUGCAGUACAGCGCUGAGAUGAAGGAGCUGGAGAGGGUCAUCGCACACGAACGCCGCCUCAAGGAGUUCAUGAGCACCAAGUGUAACGAGAGGAGCACCCAGGAUGAGGGCCAGGACAUAGGCAGCAAGCAAGAGAUGAAGGACCAGAGAAGGACAGAGUCAGGAGAGGACAGUGCGGAGACUCUUCAGGAAGUGUUCUGCAAGAUCCGGAGCGUGACGGGAGAGGACGAUUUGGACGUGUUGGUGACUAAGUUCAUUCAGGUGGAAGACCGGAACUUUGCUCUCUUCAACUACGUCAAUGAGCAGAACAACCAUGCUGAGGCUCUCAGAGAUGAAAUUAAUCAGACCAAAGAAGAACUGGAGCAGUUCCGUCUGGCAGGGCAGCAGCAGGAAGAGGAGCACCAUGUCGUGCUGAGGGAGGUGGAGGAGCAGCAGAGGGAGGCUCAGGCCCAGGCCCAGGAGCACGAGGCCCUGGCCAACGCUGUCAGCAAGAUCCUGGACCAGAUCAAGACUGGAGUCAACAGUUUGUUCCAGCAGAUCGACUGUGAUCGCGCUGUUCUUGAGGACCUGCUCGGCUCCUCCUCAGGCAUCAGGGACAACAACAUCAUGACAUACCUGGGCCAGGUGGAGCAGAGAGCCAAUGAGCUGCUCACUGUGCAAGCCUAUGUCAACUCUAAGGAUUUGGACCAAGAUUAUGACCCAAAGGAGGUGGCUCAGGUUCUGUUGGGUCAGAAUCCAGAACUGCAGAAGCAGAAUAUCUCCAUCCAGCCCCCAGUAACACGGGAUGACUAUGACACUGAGGAAUCUCCACUUACCGAUGAAGAUGAGCGCCCUUUGACCCAGGAAGAACUCCGUCAGCGCAUCCUGAAAGGGGUUCUACGCAGAGAGGGUGGCCCUCGCAGCAGCGGAGGGAGGGACGUGAAGGCCUCCCGGAUCAGCACCAUCCUCAGCAGCCGCUUGCGUGUCGUCACAGAGACCUGAGCAUGUUCACGCAGAUGUCAUCUGGUUCUAGAACGGACCCUGGAACUGAUGAGGACCUGAAUGUGAGGGCUCAAAUAUCUACUGACCGUCGAUUAUGCUUAGAACCGCUCCAGUCUUAUGUUAUGAGGAUAGUUUUCUAUGUUUCUCAGAAGACAUUAAGGUCACGGUCUGUUGUGAUUUGCAACACAAAUACAAAAUAUGCUUUCUGUAAGUCACUUUGAAUAAAAACAUCUGCUAAAUAUUUAAACUUAAAUGAUUUUACAUUUAUAGUAAAGGAGUUCAUUUAGUUAUGUGGUAAGAAGGGCUUAGCUAUGUGUGAAAUGAAUUUUUAACCUCAGCAAGGUUGAAACUUCAGUUAUUUUCUGUUGAAAGUUGAGUAACAGGGUAACGGCACAGAGAGUGGUGACUUGCUAGGGCUGGUUCUGCCUUGCAUGCUUCCCCUUUUACCUAAUUUUGAAGAAGCUCCACUUUUCCUCUCGGCAUGGGACCCUCAAACCGAUUAUGAAUUGUCUAGAUCUAUCACCUUCAGUUUUUACUUUUUUUUUACGCCUAUCUUUGAAGUUAAUGUAAUCGAAAAGAUGUAUUUGUUGGAAUGGGGAACAUCAUCUGUUGUUUCAAAUUAAGUAAAGUGAAGAUUAAGCCAAUCAUCAAACACAGAGUCCUUUGUUCACUAAGCAGGCAUCUGGUCUUUUGAUGUCCUUUUUUGCCAUCUGGCAUGCGUGUGUCUGUUCACCACCGUCAGUGAGCCUUCACAAUAAAGUUAAAUGUCAGUGCAA